AAACCGAGAGCCCGCGGAUAACAGCGUCCGUCGCAAGGAGGAGGAGGAGGAGGAGGAAAAAUAGAAAAUCAUGGGUCGUCUAAAAGCGCUCGAGGAACGCUGCAGCGGAUCGUGGAAAACGCAAGAGCCGGUGGGCGACGGAGCCGAUGAUCGCAUGUAACGCCGAAUCAAUAACGUCGUGGAAAGAGGGAGGGAAGGGAAGGGAACGGUAGGAGGCUGGGUUCUUCGACUUCGUCUGCUCUGGACAGGAGAGCGACGAAGUGGCAGCGAAGGAGAAGUGCGACGGAACGAGGAGGAAACGAGGAGCGAUGCAGCGCUGAUCGGACAAUGCCGGAUCGCUAGCAGGAAAUUCGACGAUCGACAGCCCUAGCGCCCGGGAGCCAAUCAGGCCGUGAGUAUGGCCACUCCGGUGCUUCAGAGAUCAGCGAGCUCUUUCCACCGAGGCCCGUCGAAUUCCGGGUCUGGAUCGGCGCUGCACCGACUCGGAAGCCAGCGAUCGUCUUCGGUGCACUAUGAUAGGGAUGGAUCGGGCCCCUAUGUGGCCAAUGGAAUUGAAAAUGGCGGAGAAUCUGCGGACGCCUCCGCACCAGCUGCCCUAGAGUUGUUCGAAAAGGAUCCUGUUUUUUCCAAGUUUCUUUCCGACGACUUCAAUGCGGCGCAGUUCGCCAGCGAGGCUCUCGGCAGCGAAUCCGCGUCCGCUGCCUCGGAGAAGUUGGAGGAAGGUAUUCACCUUCUCGAGAAACAGCUGAGGAAUGAAGUUUUCUUCCGUCAUGACCAGCUCCUGCAGCAACUUUCGACUCUCAAGGAGACCGAGAGUGUUCUGGCAGUUGUUCGGGGAGGUGUCGAGAGUCUCCAGGGUUCCGUGCAAAGGGUCAGAUCCGAGAUUGCUGAGCCCUACAAGCAGAUCAAGCUCAAGUCCCAGCAACUCAAUUCCCUGCAUGAUACCGUGGAGCUCCUCCGGUCGGUGAUCAAGGCCCUGAAGCACCUGAGGAAGUUGAGGGAACUCAUGGAGUCGGGAAGUGCCAAAGCCGAUCUUGCCAAAGCAGCCCAGCUCUUCAACGAGGUCGAGACAUUGCGAAAGGAGGCGGAUCUCGCGGGCGUGGAGGUUGUCGAGGAAGAGGUCCCUUGGCUUAUGGAGGUCGGGAACAGGAUUAGAACGGAAGCAAUGAAGAGUCUUGAAGCUGGAAUGGAGGCUCUAAAUCAAGCCGAGGUCGGAAGCGUUUUGCAGGUAUACUACAAUAUGGGCGAGCUGAAGUCUACUGUGGAAAUUAUGAUCAAUAAAUACAAAUCUCAGGCCACCAAGAGUGUGAGCUCUGCAUUAGACAUGAAGGCCAUAUCGUCCACCAUGGGAGGUGGCGGGCCCGGAGGUAUACAGAGAAGUGGCACUCCACAGCUCGGAGGUACUUCACGAGCAAGAGAAGGUCUGUGGCAGAGGUUGGGUACUUGCAUCAAUCAGUUGAAAACGAUUAUGCUCGCUGUGUGGCACUUGCAGCGUGUUCUGGCCAAGAAGAGAGAUCCCAUUUCGCAUGCAGUGUUUCUUGAAGAAGUGACUCAGGCAGGAGAUUCAAUGCUCACCGAACGUGUUUGGGAAGCCCUCGUCAAGUCUUUUGGAAAUCAGAUGAGAUCUGCUUUCACUGCAUCGAGCUUCGUGAAGGAAACCUUUGUCCUCGGAUAUCCGAAGCUGCUAACACUCAUCGACAGCCUGCUAGAAAGCAUUGUACGGGAGACCGACGUUAAGGGUGUACCGCCAGCGAUCAAGUCAGAAGACAGAACGCAGCUGAUCGCGGCUCUAGAACCGUUCCAAACUGCCUACCUCGCGAAGUGUUUGACUAGGCUUUCAGAGCAUGUAAAUAAUAUGUUCCCUUCCACAGUUCGUGGCAGUAUACCUUCUCAAGACCAGAUUGCCAGGCUCGUAUCGCGCGUUCAGGAAGAGAUCGAAGCUGCGAAGGCAGACGGUAGACUCACAUUGCUGGUGUUGAAAGAAGUGAGCAAGAUCCUGCAGCUUCUGGCGGAGAGAUCUGAGUACCAAAUUUCCACCGGUCCCGACUCUCGCCAAGUGUCUGGUCCUGCUACACCCCUGCAGUUGAAAAAUUUCACUCUUUGCUUGCACUUGCAAGAGGUGCACACCCGACUGUCAACGAUGCUGGCAGGCCUGCCUCCGGCCGCUUCCGAGGCUUUGUCAGCUGCACUUGGUUCAGUAUAUGGGGUAGCUUUAGAUUCUAUUACACCUCUCUUCAAAUCCAUGGUUGAGAAGCUGGAAAGUUGCAUCCUGCAGAUCCAUGAUCAGAACUUCAGCUCGGAUGGUGUGGACUAUGUUGAGGGAGAAGACAGUACCUCGAAAUACAUGGACGAUCUUCAGAGAGCUAUCACAUUAUAUCGCAGUGAGUUUCUGUCCAAGUUAAUGGUGGGGUCAUCUUCAGCAGCCAUGGGAGGAGAGUCUAUAUGUUCGAGUCUCGCGAGGAAGAUGGCAUCUCGAGUCCUUCUAUUUUUCGUUCGUCACGCGGCGCUUGUUCGCCCUCUGUCAGAAACUGGAAAAUUGCGAAUGGCUCGGGACAUGGCGGAGCUGGAGCUUGUCGUUGGUCAAAGUUUGUAUCCGGUUGAACAGCUCGGAGCCCCCUAUCAUGCACUCCGCGCAUUCCGGCCUCUCAUAUUUUUGGAUACGUCGCAGUUGUCUGGGAGCCCUUUGUUGAAAGAACUUCCUUUGAGUGUAGUGCUUCAUCAUCUCUAUUCUCGAGGUCCCGAGGAGUUGGAAUCUCCCAUGAAGAAGUUGAGACUUUCGUUUCAACAGUACUCUUUGUGGCUAGACAACCAAGGUGAAGAGCAAAUUUGGAAGGGAAUCAGGGGUACCCUGGACGAUUAUGCCGCGAGAGUGAAGGCGAGGGGAGAUAAGGAGUUUAGUCCAGUGUAUCCGCUCAUGUUGCAACUGGGUUCGUCUCUGAUUGAUCAUGGCCAAGGGAUCAAAUGAGGAUAUGGAGCCUGGCUGACGACAACGUCCCCGAGGCCGAUUAGAGUGUACAUACCGGUUUUUAUUGUGCGUGGUAUUAUUCAUGCACUGUGGGCGUGAGGUUCAUGCCUGUUGACUGGCCAGAGAACCACAAUUCAACUGUCGAGUUUUGCUGGGAAAUACUGCUUUCAGAAAAGGUGAGAUAUGCCAAAAGUAUAAUGAGCAUUACGUAGCAUGUAUGCAAGAACGACAUCCAGAACAUCGUGAAAGAUGGUAAUACAUAUCAACAGUAAUGGAUAAAUUGUUGAAAGAGUUUGACAAUUAUUUGAGCUGGAGAUAAAUAAAACCAUCUCGAACAGGCCAGUGGCAUAUGUAUGUCCUAUCUGUUUCAUAGGACAUUGCAAGUUUGCUGACAUUCCUGUAUUUGAAAGAGGCCCAUCUACAUGGAUUCAAGACAUCUCGCCUACUGCUAGAGUAGAUGCCACCAGUCAAUAUCGCGACCUGACAUGACGAUAUUUUUAACGAAAAGAGUGGAAAGGUCAGAGUACCAGACCUCCUGGUUUGCCCCUACGCUUUUCAGGUGCAGGACUUCCUUUAUUGGAAUGGUUCUGCAAUGAUUGAUGAAGGUAUCGAUGGUAGUUAGAAGUGGCGGGGAAGAAGAUUCAUCAACCAUGAAACAAAUUUCAUGGCAUUUACUCGUAUCAUAGGAAGUCGUCACAGCUUCUGGAUUGAUGUGAUGUGCAUAUCAAGUUCAGCGAUGACUGUGCAAUGGUGUUCGUUGUACAAUAGCAGAGAGUAGACCUGGGUCCAUAGAUGUCAAUAGCUCUUGUUCACAGUGCGUUAUAACAGCGACAGGUAUCUGGUCGAAGUAAUCUUUGACAGUUGCAUAAAUAACCACGAUUUGUUUUCCAAAAGGAAUCAGGCUAUAUCGUGCUUGUGAUGCACUACUUCACUACAUUGACUGUUUGGAACUUGGAUGGAGACGCAAGAACUUGAGAAGAAAUGAUUUUGAAAACUUUUAUAUCAGAUUGUGAGACUUGCAUACGGGUUGGCUGUAUGGACGGUGUAGUGCUCUCGGCAUCAUG